AUGAACUUUGCCGCCCAGUUUUUCUACUCUGCCUACCAGGGUGACGGACCCCCUCGGCAGGUUGGCUUCAGCGACAGCGAGGAAUAUGACCCCUUCUGGCAAAGUGAAGAGGAACGCAUAGGAGCCAGUAAAAAGGACAGCUCCCAAGGGGGUGGACAGUGCUACAAGGACGUCAGUAAUGGCUGCCCAGCCCGGAGGCCGACACCCAUCCACCCAGAAAGGCUGAAGGACUUUGGGGAAGAGGAGUACCUGAAUGGGGACGUGAAGACCUGGGAGACCAGGGUAGUGAAACACCCUGAGUCCCAGCUGACGGCCACAUCCACACCCAAGCCCAUCAAAAAAAGAGGAAGUGAGAGCACAGCGACACCGAAGACUCCGCCUGAAUACUUGCGGUUUGAGGACAUCAGUGCAGCUGCCUUCAAACUUCAGUCAGGUGUUCAGAAGACGCCCUGCACGUAUUCCCGCCUGUCCAAGCAGUAUGGCAUGGAGAUCUUCUUAAAGAAGGAGCACCUGCACUACACGGGGUCUGUGAAGGAGCGAGGUGUGCUGUACCUGCUGACCUCUCUAAGACAGGAGCAGCAGAGGAAGGGUGUGAUUGUGGCAACAGAUAAUAACUUCUCCAUGGCCGUUUCACACCAUUCUAUGGAGCUGCGCAUCCCUGUCUUCGUCAUUGUGCCAGUCAACAGCUCUCCGGCACGGCUACGCAUGUACCGCGACUAUGGUGCCAUGGUGAUCUCCUAUGGCAGCACAGCCCAUGACUCACAGAACCAUGCCCGCCAUCUGGCCAAGGAGAACAGCUACCUCUACCUGGAGGAGGAUGACAGUGCGGCCUACUUGGCAGGGCUGGGCACAGUGGGCAUGGAGAUCUAUGAGCAGGUGCCCAAGCUGGACGCGGUCAUCGUUCCUGCUGGGGGGAACUGUGGACUGUUGGCUGGAACUGCAAAGGCCAUCAAACACCUCAACUCCCAUAUCUCUGUCAUUGGUGUUGAGCCUGAAGCCUACCCCCUCCUUCAGCAGUCACUUAAGAAUGAUUCUCCUGUGAAAGAGCUUUGCAAUACCCCCAACAGGAAGCUUUAUGGAGACUUGGUGGAUCCCCCACUGGGGCACCACGCCUUCCAGUUAGCCAAGAAACUGGUGGACAAGGUCAUCUCUGUCAGAGAGGAGGAUGCUUUGGUGGCUAUGCUGCGUUUCCAGGAGUACGAGAGAUCCACAGUGGACACUGAUGGAGCCCUUGGACUGGCAGCCAUCUCAGCCGGGCUGGUGCCUGAACUCCAAAACAAAAGAGUGGCCGUAGUGGUGAGCAGUGCUAACAUGGAGCUUGGCCUGGUCAGGCAGUGUGUGGAGAGGGCCCUGGUGCUGGACGAGCAGGUGGGCAGGUUUACAGUGGAGCUGGGCGACUGGCCCGGUGACAUGGCCAAACUGCUGGAGGUGCUGGCCAGGGAGGAUGCCAGGUUGCUGAGUGUGAGUCAGCGGAGGAACAAUGACAGAGUAGAUCUCUUUAAAGCUCAGGUGGAGUGUGUGGUCGAGACCCGGGACAAGUCACAGAGCGCCAAGCUGCGAAGCACGCUGUCUGAGCGUUACCCUACACUGCGCUGGCUGGAGCGAUGACCUCACUAUGUUCACAUGGAGCAUACACUAAGUAUACACACAUGCACCAGAAAACAUAUGUGCUAAACACAUAUAAGCACGGUACAAACACACUAAAGUCAAAUUCUCACAAAGACCCUAAACACUAAACAUACAUAUUACACACACAGUUAUGGACAGAAACUAUAGGCACAUAAACCCUUUCCACACAAAACACAGCCAGACUGCAUCUACUACAAGUAUGUGAAAUCAUGCUAACCACAGCAAUGCUGUAUUCACUCUAGAAUUUAGACCAGCCUGAUGCCCUGAUGUUCUUAGAGAGGCAUCACAAGGCAGAAUGAGACAUGCACUUACAGGGUUCAUCUUGAGAUUAUUCAUGUGAUAAUGCUAUUUUAUGAUUUAUCAUAAUA